AUGGACGACUAUCGCCGAGCGGUCGUCGUUCCUGCCGUGACGGCGGCCGUCACCGCCUCCAUUGCGGGCGCCUUGGCUGCUGCCGCCGUCGCCAUGCAGUGCGACCAUGACGACGAGAUAGAGUGGAUCAUGGACGAGAAGGCCAAGGCAGACGCCGAGCGCACCCAAGCAACGCGCGUCUGCCAGCGAGCCCUUGCUGCCGCUGACCUCGAUUCGGCGCAAGUCAGUUCGGUGCACUCUGCGCUGGACAAUGCAACGAAAGCCAUUGACGACCUGCGCGCGGAAUUGAGUACGCCCGCCUCGCAUAAGCGUGCGCUGGACCGCGUCCUCGAAGAACGCGACGCGCUCCUGGAGCGCACUCGAGAGCUCCAAGCCGCUCUGGACGAAAAGACGCACAAGGUCGAUUUGAUGAAGCACCAAUUCGAGUGCAGCGUGGCCAUGGUGCGCAUGGCCAUUGGCGGCGCGCUGCCAGACGACGCGACCGCGAACCGCCCGGCCAAGCGACUCCGGCCAACGACAAGCGCUGUCGGGCCGGUACCAUCCUCACGAGGCAGCCAACCCUAA